AUGACAGGCGCUGCUAUCGCGGCGCAGGUGGAGCAGAACCAGCGGGCGUUCCAGAAGCAGGACAACAUCUUCGUUGGGAAGAAGCGGGUGCUGGGCAAGAAGACUACUCUGAAGGAGUCGCGCUACUACAAGUCUGUUGGCCUUGGCAUCAAGACGCCGCGCACCGCGAUUGAGGGGACGUAUGUUGACAAGAAGUGCCCGUGGACGGGCUCGGUCAACAUCCGGGGCAAGCUCAUCACGGGAGUCAUUAAGACCACCAAGAUGAAGAACACCGUCAUCAUCCGCAAGGACUACCUGCAUUACAUCAAAAAGUACAACCGGUUUGAGAAGCGGCACAAGAACACGCCGGUCCACGUCUCGCCUGCCUUCCGUGUCAAGGUCGGCGACGAGAUCCUCGCGGGGCAGGAGGUUUAA